AUGCUCCCACCAUUGAAAAGUUCUUCCAUAUGAUAUAGAUACCAAACAAUCUUAAAAAAGACUUAAAAAUGCACCAAAGUUGAGAAAAGCAUCGACGAUUAUGUUAAACUUAUAGGAAAACACGUAAGGUCAUACAAAGCAAUUCCCAAAACCAGGUAUUUCAAUUAUUUAAAGCAAACCUCUAACUUUCUACAACACUCGAAUUCAGAAUGGCAUGUCAAAUCACCCCUUUCCUAAAAUAAUCCAACCCUUUCCAUGCCAUUGUUAACUGAAUCCACUCUUCUAUAUUAUAUUAAUCCUCCAUCCAACUUAGUCAGCAACACUGCACCAUCGUCUUUCUCUUUAUAAUGAUCUCUCUGGUUUAGGUAGUAGAAAAUCGGUUCCUUAUAACCGGAUUUUCAGUUGGGUUCAUCAGCAUAAAAAUGGCAGAUAAUCCCAGAACAGAUUCAUUCAGAACAGAACUUUUGUCCCCUGAGGGUGUGGCUGCUGGAAGAGAUGGAAUGGUGUCAAAGGUGCCCUCGUGGCGACUUAAUAUGGACGAGUUCCAUUUGCCUGCAACCAACAAGAGAUCUCAUCAUGGCAUUGUUUAUUACUGGAAGUCAUGGAAGAGACAAAGAAAUGUUGCUAAGUACUAUGAAAGGCAAGAAAGUCUUCUCAAAGGAUUCAAUGAAGUUGACUCCUACAAUGAACUGGGUGUCGUGCCGGGAACCUUAACUGAGGAAGAAAAGAAGCAAGAGGCCAACGGUGAGAGAAUGGCAAUAUAUGCAUCCAACAUAGCCAACAUGUUGAUCUUCAUCGCAAAAGUGUAUGCUUCAGUUGAGAGCAGAUCACUAGCAGUUAUAGCAUCAACACUAGAUUCCCUGUUGGAUCUUUUAUCAGGGUUCAUAUUAUGGUUUACAGCUAAUGCUAUGAGAAAGCCAAAUCAGUAUCGUUAUCCUAUUGGCAAGAAUCGGAUGCAACCAGUGGGAAUUGUCGUGUUUGCAUCAAUCAUGGCAACUCUUGGAAUACAAAUUUUGCUUGAAUCAGCUCGAGAACUUAUUUCAAAGGUUCAACCAGAUAGAGAUCCAGAUAAAGUAAAAUGGAUGGUUGGAAUAAUGGCAUCCGUAACAGUAGUGAAAAUUUGCCUUACAAUCUACUGCCGCAAAUUCGCAAAUGAAAUCAUCAGAGCCUAUGCCCAAGACCAUUUCUUUGAUGUAAUUACCAAUUCAAUUGGUCUUGCGACUGCCCUUUUGGCCAUCAAAUUCUACUGGUGGCUUGAUCCCCUUGGGGCUAUCCUAAUAGCAUUGUACACUAUCAGCAACUGGGCGAAAACUGUGAUGGAAAAUGUAUGGUCGCUAAUAGGGAGGACAGCCCCACCAGACUACUUGGCCAAGCUAACAUAUCUAGUAUGGAAUCAUCACGAGGAAAUCAAACAUAUUGAUACAGUGAGAGCGUAUACCUUUGGGUGCAACUAUUUUGUGGAGGUGGACAUAGUGUUGCCUGGUGAAACGUCUCUAAGUCAAGCACAUGACAUAGGAGAAUCACUUCAAGAUAAACUUGAACAGCUUGAUGAGGUUGAUCGUGCAUUUGUUCAUGUGGACUUUGAGUUCACUCAUAAGCCAGAGCACAAGCCUAAAGCUUCAUAG